UUAUUAUUAUUAUUAUUAUUUAAUGCUGAAGUAUCAUGCUUGCUAAGACACUUGAAAUUAAUUGGCAUGAUGGACAAGCCAUAUAUUCUGUAGAUUUUUCACCUGAUGGUACACGUUACGCAACAGCUGGUGCAGACAAUUCUGUUAGAAUUUGGAGCAUUCAAAAACGGUCUGAUAAUGUAUUAUUAACCAACAACAAUGGAGUUCAUGUAGAAAAAAAAAAUAAACAACUUGUUGAUUCUUUACCUGUCAAUAUUGAUUUUUUAUCUGAAUUAAGACGACAUUCUUCACCUGUCAAUGUUGUUCGAUUUUCUCCUCGUGGUGAUUAUCUUGCCUCUGCAGGCGAUGAUGCAUGUAUUAUAUUAUGGAAAUUAUCACCUUCAAAAGAGUCCAAUUUUGGUAAUGAAUAUAGUGAUUAUGAAAAGGAAACUUGGACUGUAGUCCAUAUGUUCUAUGGACAUAAUAAAGAAAUUUAUGAUUUAGCUUGGUCACCCUGUGGUAAAUAUUUUAUUACAGCAUCUAUCGAUAAUACAGCCAGAGUAUGGGGUUUAUUAGAAAAAACUUGUAUUCAUGUCUUUGCAGAUCAUACACAUUAUGUUCAAGGUGUAAGUUGGGAUCCUUUAGGACAAUAUAUAGCAACACAAUCAAGUGAUCGUUCGAUGGCGAUAUAUAGAUAUCGUAAAACACAAACAGGAAAGUUACAAUUUAGCCCUUGUUCUCGUCGAUUUGUUAGAAUUGAUAAAGGAAAGAUUGCUUCAGCAAAUGAGGAUACCACUACAACAGGUUCAUUUCGUUUAUAUCAUGAUGAAAAUCUAGUAUCAUUCUUUAGAAGACUCUCAUUUAGUCCUGAUGGCGGAUUAUUGAUAACGCCUGCAGGUUUGAAUAAGUCGAUUGAAGCAAGUUUGACAGAAGAAGAAAAUGAGAUGGAUGAAAAUGGAGAUGAUUUGUUAAAUUGUUCUUAUAUUUUCCCGAGAAAUACAAUAUUAAAAUACCCUGUGGGUUUUAUUGGGAAUUAUCCAAAGCCAUCCAUAGCGAUUCGAUGGUGUCCUAUGUUAUUUAAGAAGAGAAGAAAUAUAGCAUCCAUGUUUGCCUUGCCUUAUCGUAUGCUUUAUGCAACAGCUACACAAGAUUCAAUUUAUAUUUAUGAUACCCAACAAUCUCGUCCCAUUUGUGCUAUUUCAGGCAUGCAUUUUGCUCCUAUUACUGAUCUUACAUGGUCAAAUGAUGGAUCCAUCUUAAUGUUUGCUUCAGCAGAUGGUUAUUGUUCUGCCGCAGUCUUUUCAGAUGGAGAAUUAGGAACAAAAUAUGAAAAAUUACCAGAAACAAUCAUACAAGAGCAUGACAUUGAAAUGAUGGAGAUUCCAACUAAUAAUAAUGAAGAGACUCAAAAGACAAUUGAUGAUUGGACAAAGUCUCAAAAACGAAGGACAUCUAUUCCAUCUAUGACUCAUUCUACUACUACAUCUACUACAUUAAAUAUGGAUAAAACGAAAAAGAGAAGAAUUACACCUAUUUUAAUUAGUUCUCCUUCUUCUUUAACAACUACUUCAAAUCAUUAAAACAAACAAACACACACACACACACACACACACACACA